AUCUAAAUCGCCAGAAAAAAACUGUUAACAAAAAAGAUUUCGGAAGAAAAGAGUAAUAUGUGCAUUUUGAAGAAUGCCGUUUCAGGCGCCUUCGUGGACAGAAUUUUAUACCUGUCCCAUAUGUGAAAACGAGUUUUCAACAAAUCAACGUUUACCCAUUAGUUUAGGCUGUGGUCAUACUAUAUGUCGUGUCUGCCUGUCGACGUUAUACAGUCGUCAAUGUCCAUUUGAUCAGACAUCAAUAUCAACAGAUGUUGAUAACUUACCAAUAAACAAUGCUCUAUUGCAACUACUUAACUCAGGGGAUGGUAAUGAUAAUGGAAAUGGUAGCAAUGGCAAGAAUAACAGUGGCGCCUCUACAUCCAAUACAAAUUCCAAUACGAAAAACACAACGAACGCGAAUAAAACAUUUGCUGGUCCCAGUGACAAUGAAGGGGCGUUUGGGGAUCAACACAUGCCACCGAGUGUUCGCAAUUUAAAACCAGACGAUUUGAAAUGCUACAAAUCUUCUAAGAAAUGUAUCGAAGACCUUGCCCAAUAUUUGAAAUCGUUUGUUACAAACAGUGGCAAUGCUUUGCUAACACGUCCAAUGUUACGGAAGUUGGUGACAUUGGUCAACUGCCAAUUGAUGGAAGAAGAGGGUCGCAUAAGGGCAGUUCGAACAGCUAGAUUUCUUGGUGAACGUACAGUCACGGAGCUAUUAUUACAACAUCAGAAUCCACAACAGUUGAGCUUAUGCCUGUGGGCGGCAGUUCGGUCUCGUGGUUGUCAAUUUUUGGGUCCAUCUAUGCAGGAAGAAGUGCUAAAAUUGGUUUUGCAGGCGUUGCAAAACGGAUCUGCCCUCUCUCGUAAGGUUUUGGUUAUGUAUGUUGUGCAGCGUUUAAUCGACAAUUCAUUGCCGGCAUCUAAGACCAGUAUUGGUCACGUGGUGCAAUUGUUAUACCGCGCUAGUUGUUUUAAGGUGUCGAAAAGGGAAGGAGAUUCGUCAUUAAUGCAACUCAAAGAAGAAUUUCGCAACUACGAAGCUUUGCGUCGUGAACACGACGCCCAAAUUGUACAAAUUGCCACGGAGGCUGGACUAAGAAUUGCGCCCGACCAAUGGUCAUCCCUGCUGUACGGAAACACAUCUCACAAGUCACAUAUGCAGAGCAUAUGCGACACCUUACAAACACCCUCAUCAUUUGCCCAAUCUGUCCAAGAGUUGGUAUUAGCCUUGCAGCGCACAGGAGAUCCAACGAAUCUAUCCAGUUUGCGUCCACAUCUGAAGCAUUUAGCUUCUAUCGACCCAUCGCCGGAGAGUCCGCCUCCAACAUGGUCUGAAGUCGAAAAGGCUUUGGAAGCGGUUCGUUUUGUUGUUUUGGGUUUAGUGAAAUUCAUGCAGUAUCACAGCAAUCGCAAGGUACAAGAUUAUCCUGCGCCUCCCAUGAAUGCGAAUGGCAAAUAUAAGAUAAGCCUGUGUCGCGAUUUAACGGAAAGGCGUAUGUGUCCUCGCGGGCCAAAUUGUACAUUUGCUCACUCAGCAGAAGAACGCCAAAGAUAUCGUGCUAAACAUCGUAGGUCGGGUCCUGGUGACAAAACAAUGGUGAGGCCCCACACGGUUACAGGUGUUUCGGGCGUCAGCAGUCAAAUGGAAAAUGUAAGAAAUGAAUAUCCUAAAAACCAAAAUCAACACCCGAACAACAAUAUGGUUCCUUCUCACACGGUGCAGCAAAGUCUUACGCUGUCAAAUGCCAUUGACAACGGCAAUUCUCCAGUCAAAAUGAAAUCAUCGCCUAUGAGGAAAUACUCCAACAACGAGUCGAAUGGGGGAAACCUUGGUAUCGGCAUGCGUCCCAAUUUAAUGGAAUCUACUGCAUUCAUGGGUGGUCUUUCUAAUACAACGUCACCGUUAAGUAUGCAGGGCCCCCUCGGGGCAUUGCAUUCUAGCCCCAUACCACAACCUGGACACUUGUUAGGCAUCAAUGCACCCACGCCCAUUAUAAAUGUGCCACCAAUGCAUAAGCACCCAACCAACUUUGACGGUAUGCCUUUCGCAUCGCCCAAUUAUGGCAGCAAGUAUAUGCGAAUGCCAAAUAUCGGAAUGCCCAUGCCUCCCAAUAUGCGUCCACAUAAUAUCAGAGGCCCCAUAAGUAGCAGCGGAAUGAUGGCGGCAGGUGGUGUUGGAGGAGGCGGUCCAUCGGGACAACAGGGCAUUUUAUCACCCAGAUCUUCCGUGCAUAACCCGAUAAAUGUAUCCACCGUUGUAAACCCACCGAAUUUACAGGGCACAAACACAAAUAAACCAUCAGGUAGUCCAUUGCAUAAAAAUAUAUUUAAUUCGGCAAUGCCGGGAGAGUAUUUUAACACUCCUCCACCUCCAACUUAUUUUGCAAAUGCCAAUAUUGCUGAAGCCAUGCCAGGCGAUAUGCCAUUGAGAAUGCCUAAAACCAAAAUGACAAAGGUGGGACCAAAUGCUUCGUGGGAUGCUCAUCACCAACAGUCGUGUCAUCCCAUGUAUAUGAUGCCACCUGCCCUUACGCAGCCACAACAACAGCCUGCUCAAAGACCGCCAUUAGACUCUAAUGUGUUCUUCGAUACAAAUCCACUGGAGUACAACAACAAUACCAAGUCCACAACUAAUUUAAUCGAUUCACCCCAAAUUUUACCCGAUAACUUAUUAUUUAAAGGCAAAUCAAAUUUUCUGGAAGUCUCUGGAACAGCUCUUAAUGAUACUGACAGAGUGAAGAAUAAAACGCCCAUAGGUGGUUUGCAUGGCAAACCAAAUCCAUUUUGGAAUCUGAGCAAUAACAAUGAACAAACUAACAACAGAGGUGUACAUUUCAUCAGCAGCACAACUAAUAAUAGUGUAAACAUAGAACCGCCAUCACCAUCAACGUCUUUAUUCCGUGAUAGGGAGAAUUUUGUGCGAUCAGACUCUAUAUUAGACGAUGACGCAGCAACAUUUGAUGUACCGCCGACAUCUACGGCAUCACUAGGAAAUAAGUAUGGUCCCAUUUGCCCAAUGUACAAGGGCAUGGCGGCAUCAUCGUUAGCCCAUUCUACAAAUAACACAAAUACAUUUGUAGAUUCUUGGAACGCUCUAAUAGCCCAAGAAAACGAUAAUAUGCACUCCUCCGCAUCUAAUAAUACGAAUAGCAAUGGCAACGAUUUUACAGUAUUCUCGUUGGAUAAUAACGACCCGUUGGGUAUGACUCUGAGCAAACAUGCAACAUCGUCACAAUCAUCCGAUCUUGAUAUCGUGCCAGACAUUGCCUCCGGUCCACAAAAUUUAACGCAAGCAGUAAAUGCAUUUGAUAAUUAUGAAAAUAUGCAGGCAACAUUAUCGAAAUUAUCAUUUAUGGAUGAUUCUACUACUGCCCCCGAACAUAAUGAACGUGACCAUCAUCCACAACAGCAACAACAAAUUAAUCGCUACUCUUUCGACAUCAACCCACUGUUUCACAUGUUGGGCGGAAAUAAUUUUGAAUCGGAUAUAACAAAGAAUUCAACGUUAAACGAUGAUAUGUUGUGGAAUAACAAUUCGAAACAUGCAACAUCUAUGAACUUGGGCUUAAACAGUUUCUGGAGCGACGAUGUAAAUGUUGCGCCCACCACAGCUACUAAUGCAUCAUCAACGUCUAAUAGUCUUACAAACAAUAACAGUUUGGCAAGAAGCACACAGCAAACGCAAAUGGAACAAUGCCAAACACAAAAACUAGAUGAUACCGAAUUCGAUAUCACAGAAAUUGUUGAUAAAAUGUGGCCAAAGGGUGGUGGCGAUGAUAGCGGCAUAAAACUAGAAUAA